AUGGUCCCCUGCUGGAACCAUGGCAACAUCACGCGCUCCAAGGCGGAGGAGCUGCUGUCCAGGACCGGCCAGGAUGGGAGCUUCCUCGUGCGUGCCAGCGAGUCCAUCUCCAGGGCAUAUGCCCUCUGUGUGCUAUACCGGAACUGCGUUUACACGUACAGAAUUCUGCCCAAUGAAGACGACAAAUUCACAGUCCAGGCUUCUGAAGGUGUCCCCAUGAGGCUCUUCACGAAAUUAGACCAGCUCAUCGAGUUCUACAGGAAAGAGAACAUGGGUCUGGUGACCCACCUGCAAUAUCCGGUGCCGCUGGAGGAGGAGGACACGGGGGACGAGCCGGAGGAGGAGACAGAAUGUGGCACAGCCCCUCCUGAACUGCCCCCGAGGAAUAUCCCUCUGUCUGCGGGGCCGUGCGAGGCCAAGGAAGCUGCUCUCUCUGUGGAGAACGCCCAUGGGCCGGAGGUCAGCAGGCCAACGCUGUCCGAGACGUUACUGCAGCGGCUGCAGAGCAUGGACACCAGUGGCCUUCCCGACGAGCACCUGAAAGCCAUCCAGGACUACUUAAGCACGCAGCUGGCCCUGGACUUGGAGUUUGUGAAGACGGGGUCCAGUAGCCUCCCGCACCUCAAGAAGCUGACCCUGCUCCUGUGCAAGGAGCUGUACGGCGAGGUCACCCGGACCCUUCCCUCUCUGGAGUCUCUGCAGCGGCUCUUCGACCAGCAGCUGUCCCCUGGCCUUCGCACACGUGCUCAGGUGCCCAGCGAGGCCAACCCAGUCACCAUGAUGGCCAAGCUCAGCCAACUGACAAGCCUGCUCUCCUCUAUUGAAGACAAGGUGAAGGCGCUGCUGCAUGAGGGUCCCGAGUCUCCCCACCGACGCUCCCUCAUCCCUCCAGUCACCUUCGAGGUAAAGUCAGAGUCCUUGGGGAUUCCUCAGAAAGUGCAGCUCAAGGUCGACGUCGAGUCUGGGAAAUUGAUCAUUAAGAAGUCCAAGGACGGUCCAGAGGACAAGUUCUACAGUCACAAGAAAAUCCUACAGCUUGUCAAGUCUCAAAAGUUUCCUAACAAGCUGGUGAUUGUGGUGGAAACAGAGAAGGAGAAGACAGUGCGGAAGGAGUACGUCUUUGCUGACUCGAAAAAGAGAGAAGGCUUCUGCCAGCUUCUCCAGCAGAUGAAGAACAAGCAUUCGGAUCAGUCCGAGCCUGACAUGAUCACCAUCUUCGUGGGCACCUGGAACAUGGGUAACGCCCCCCCUCCCAAGAAGAUCACGUCCUGGUUUCUCUCCAAGGGGCAGGGCAAGACGCGGGAUGACUCAGCCGACUACAUCCCCCACGACAUCUAUGUGAUUGGCACCCAGGAGGACCCCCUGGGAGAGAAGGAGUGGCUGGAGAUUCUCAAGCACUCCCUGCAGGAGAUCACCAGCAUGACCUUCAAAACGAUGGCGAUCCACACCCUCUGGAACAUCCGUAUUGUCGUGUUGGCCAAGCCGGAGCAUGAAAACCGCAUCAGCCACAUCUGUACAGACAAUGUCAAGACUGGCAUAGCCAACACGCUGGGGAACAAGGGAGCUGUGGGGGUGUCUUUUAUGUUUAAUGGCACCUCCUUGGGGUUCGUUAACAGCCACCUGACCUCAGGAAGUGAAAAGAAACUCAGGAGAAACCAGAACUAUAUGAGCAUUCUCCGGUUCCUGGCCCUGGGAGACAAGAAGCUGAGCCCCUUUAACAUCACGCACCGUUUCACCCACCUCUUCUGGCUUGGGGAUCUCAACUACCGCGUGGAGCUGCCCGUCUCAGAGGCAGACCUCAUCAUCCAGAAGAUUAAGCAGCAGCAGUACCCGGAGCUCCUGGCCCACGACCAGCUGCUCAUGGAGAGGAAAGAGCAGAAGGUUUUCCUGCACUUCGAGGAGGAAGAAAUCACCUUCGCUCCGACUUACCGUUUUGAAAGAUUAACUCGGGACAAGUACGCGUACACUAAGCAGAAGGCCACAGGGAUGAAGUACAAUCUGCCCUCGUGGUGUGACCGGGUCCUCUGGAAAUCGUACCCGCUGGUGCACGUGGUGUGUCAGUCCUACGGCAGCACCAGCGACAUCAUGACAAGCGACCACAGCCCCGUCUUCGCCACAUUCGAGGCAGGGGUCACCUCCCAGUUUGUCUCCAAGAACGAUCCAGGGACAGUGGACAGCCAAGGGCAGAUCGAGUUUCUCAGAUGCUACGCCACAUUGAAGACCAAGUCCCAGACCAAAUUCUACCUUGAGUUCCACUCUAGCUGCUUGGAGAGCUUUGUCAAGACUCAGGAGGGAGAAAACGAAGAAGGAACCGAAGGAGAGCUGGUGGUCAACUUCAAGGAGACCCUUCCAAAGCUGAAGCCCAUCAUCUCAGACCCUGAGUACCUGCUGGACCAGCACAUCCUGAUCAGCAUCAAGUCCUCCGACAGUGAUGAGUCCUAUGGUGAGGGCUGCGUUGCCCUGCGGCUGGAGGCCACGGAGACCCAAUGCCCCAUCUACACACCUCUCACCCACCAUGGAGAGAUGACCGGGCACUUCCGGGGUGAGAUCAAGCUGCAGACGUCCCAAGGCAAGAAGAGAGAGAAGCUCUAUGACUUUGUGAAGACGGAAAGGGAUGAAGCGAGCGGGCCCAAGUGUCUGAAGAGCCUCACGAGCCACGACCCCACAAGGCUGCUGGAGCCCACCGCCAGGGUCCCUCCGUGCAGUGGUGCCAGCAUCACCGAGAUCAUAAACCCCAACUACAUGGGCAUGGCGCCCUUCGGGUCAAUGUCCCUGCAUGGGAAGCAGGCCUUGUCCCCUGACAAGCAGCCCACAGCCUGGAGCUACGAUCCACUGCCCAAGGACACCCCCCUCGGGCCCGGGAGAGGGGACAGUCCUCCAACACCACCCUCCCAACCGCCUGUUUCACCCAAGAAGUUUGCACCCUCGCCAGCCAGCCGGGGGCCCUGCCCCAGGACGCAGGAGCCAAGGUCCAGCGACUUGGGGAAGGCCACUGCCGAGCCCACACUGCAAGACGACUUGCCAGAGAUGUUCGAGAAUCCUCUGUAUGGCUCCAUGAGCGCAUUCCCGAAGCUGCUUCCUCGGAAGGAGCAGGAGUCCCCCAAGAUGCUGAGGAAGGAGCCUCCGCCUUGCCCAGACCCCGCAGUCCCCUCACCCACCAUCCUGCUCACCAAAGCCCAGGAGCCGGAGGCCUCCAAGGGGACUAGCAAGCCGGGGCCUGCGCCCUUCCUCAGCCCCACGCCCAGGCUGCGCUCCUUCACCUGCUCGUCCUCGGCCUCCGAGGGCAGGGCGCCCGAGAAGACCCCGGGCAAGCCCAAGGCCCCCGCAGGCGCCCAGGCGCCCGUGCCCGCCAAGCGGCCGGUGAAGCCGUCGCGGUCCGAGCUGAGCCAGCCGCCCACGCCCGUGUGCCCACCUGCACCCGCGCCCGCGCAGCACCGGCCACCCCUGCCCAUCAAGAGCCCUGCUGUGCUGCACCUGCAGCACUCCAAGGGCCGUGACUACCGCGACAACACGGAGCUCCCGCACCACGGCAAGCACCGGCCCGAGGAGGGGUCCCUGGGCAGAACCGCCAUGCAGGUGCGCGCGCGCACGGGAUCUGAAGUUCUUGGAGCCACCAGCGAGAUGGGGCCCCAUGGACCCCUGCCGGGACCUCGUCUCGGCUGCUCCUGCUGCUUCUUCCUGAGGCUUCUGGUCAUCCGGAGGGACUGGCUCUUGUGUGGUCUGUGGAACUGCUGGCUGUGA